AUGUCGGACACAUUGGAAAACUAUCGCAAAAACUUUCUCUCAUAUCUGGGAAUCGCAUCGAAAGUGCCAAACAUUUUGUUUCAAUUCAUUAACAUGUUCUUCGGCUCAGACUACAAAUCCCUGUCCACUCGGAUCUGGUUAUCACUACUACUGCAGGCGCUCGUAUUCAUAGGGACCACCGUUUUAGCGGUGAUCGACUCGAGUGAAUGGCCGGAGAUAUUCUUCUGGAUAACUAUGUUAUCGGCGUUUGUCAUAAACAUAGCGAACGGCUUAUUCCAGGGCUGUGUGUACGGGAUCGCCGCCAAACUCCCGGUGCGCUACACCAACGCCGUCACCAUAGGCUUCAACUUGAGCGGGGUCAUCGCCGCCCUCUUUAUGAUCGUAUCCAUAGCCAUCGCACCGACACCUAAAGUGGUGGCCAUUUAUUUCUUCUCGUUUGCCGUCAUUUAUCUCGUCUUUUGUUUUGUCAAUGAAUUCAUUGUUCGCCGAAAU